AUGUCUUUCUGGCGAAACAUCCUGCCUCUGCGAUGGAGAUCGAGGCGCUCGUUAGAGUCGACAUUCUUUGUUACGACUUUUAUUGCUGCCAUGGUGACUGUAUCUCUGUCGGCAUCGACCAUUUUACCGUGCCCAGCAAAUGGCAAAGGCAACCUUCAGGACCGACUGGACUCUCGCGGCACUUUUUCGGAAGAGGAGAUCAUGAGUGACGACGCCAAAAAGGCCCAUACUCGCUACGCGCCCGAGUCGCUGCCUGUCGGCGGGCUGGGCCAGCGCGCAUACCUUACCCGGCGUGGCGGCUGGAUUGAAAUUGAAGAGCGGCCUCCGCUCUUUUCGUGGCGUCGUUGGACGUCCUAA